AUGUUAAAACAGCCGAUAAAAAUAGAAUCAAAUUUAAUAAUUCGUAAUGCUGUUGAAACAGAUUGUGAUGACAUUAUGAGAUUGAUAAAUGAGUUGGCAGUGUUUGAAAAAGCACCAGACCAAGUUCGAAUCAAUAGUCAAACAUUGAAACAGGACGGUUUUGGUGAACAUCCUCUGUAUACUUGUUUAGUUGCGGAAGAUACGUCCUCUUCACCGGCUCGAGUUGUAGCGAUUGCUUUGAUGUUCAAUGUUUAUUCCACAUGGGAGGGUAAAUGUUUACAUCUCGAAGAUCUCUAUGUUCAGGUUGAUUAUCGUAAAAGAGGAAUAGGGAAAGCACUAUUUGCGGCAACAUAUCAAAUCGCUGUUGAAACGAAUUGUGCCCGUCUGAAUUUUAGUGUACUCGAUUGGAAUUCGAAUGCAUUAGAUUUCUAUAAAUCGUUUGGUGCCGUUGAUAUUACUGAAAAAGAAGGGUGGCAUAGUGUUCGAGUGACACGGAAAAAUAUGGAGUUACAAUUAGAAAAAUGGAAAAAGUAA